CGAUGUAUAUUGGAAAUUGAUUGAAUUCAGAGAUAAAAAGAACAAUGAGAACAACAGCGUUUCAUUGGAAUUCAUCAAAGACAGGCCGCACUGACAGAAGUUCGAACGAGUAACAGAACAAGAAGAAAUCGCUUGUUUACCAGAAAAUAAAAAAAAAAUCGGUGCUGUGUCGAUUUUUCCAUGGCCGCGGGCUAGCCUUAAUUCUUGCUCACCCCUGUCGCUCAGGUGGCAGAAUCGAAUCAACGACAGAUGGAAGAUACUCGUCAACAGGUGUUGUUGAAGGAACCACCGGAAAUAUCGUGGGAGAACACGCUUGGCGCUCCGGAUGGCGUUCCAUUUGACGAUGACACCAAGGAAUUACUCAGAAGAUGCAUCGAUGUAUCGACAUCCACACCCACCACUCUGCCGCAAAUCAUUGAGCGAAGCGAGGCGUUUCCUAUAAACUUUCCUAUUAACACCGUAAGAUGUUCCACGCUGAGAGAUAGGGGAAUUAGCACAAACACCCUUGAGAUGAACGCGAAUUCGGUUUAUCCUGUGAUACACGAGGCAAUGUUACCAUUGUUAGCUCGAUGGUUGAAGCAUAAACGGCUGUAUGGUAGUGCAAUCGAGAGAGCCAUGUAUAAAGAUAUGGGCUUGGUACAAUUCAUUCACCGUUUGCUAGAAAAGCGAGCCGUGCACUUCUAUGGAUCUGAUGAUCGAUGGAAAUUAAUCGACGGUAAGACAGGCGUGGACGGAUGGGAAAAUGUUGGCACAGAUCACGAGAAAGAACCACUGGUGUUAACGAAAUGUUUGUCAUACGAUGAGAUCAAAUUGUCCGCGAUGAUGGCGAUGUCUUCCCACACAGAAUUCAUAAACGACGGCUCGCGCGAGAACAGAGGCGUCGUGAGUACUGAUCCAGACUCUGUACAGCCGAGAGGAGUCAUUAUAGGUGUCGUGGGAACAAGAUUUGAACGCCCACGCUUUAUGGAAUACCAGGACAUCCUUAUUACUCCUCUGCAAAACACUGCCGAGAAUGGAUACGGGCCGCAAACAGCUGGAAGCUCGGAAGAGAUACGUGGGCUGCGAGUUUUGUGGGCCAAAUUUUAUGGCGAGGAAUACCAUCCGUUGUACGAGGAGACGCUGAAACGAAUUAAAUCAAAAGAAAACAGAAGAUAUCUCUCGUUGAUAAGUCAAACAGUCUUCGAUAUCGAGAAUUACAUGAAAAGGACACUGCUCACUGUAGAAAUCAUACUUCUCGAAGCAAAUACACGAGCGGAGAAGCAAAACACGACUGCUUUCUUACACGUUGUCGGCUUUGGCCUCGGGGUAUGGAGACUUACUCAAGAGCAAGAAGUAUAUUUUUUAAAGACGUUCGAGAUCGCCCUUAGGAAAAUGAACAAGAAACUGAGAUACGUAUCCGAUAUAAUGUUCGCGUAUUUCCAACAGCGGAAGUGCGGCGACGCUGGAAAUGGCGAUUAUCUCGGAGAUAUAAGAAUUCACUUCGCUCUCAGGGAACCUCAUAGCAAACUAUUCAGAGCCUCGGAUGCGAAUAAACUUCUCGUAGUGACGUACGCGUGGGAUGGAAACGCAUUGCCAGGAAACGAAUUCUGGAGUGGGCACUUGACAUCGAGUGGAGAUUCAGCGGCAGCGUGUAGUACUCAGAUCGCAGAAUUGCAUACUUUCAGAAUAAAUCCUCGAGCAUGUGGAGCCAGCUUGCACAUUGCAUCUGCGCAGCAUGGUAUUUUGCACAUAUCGGAUUACGCGAAGCUACACCUUGCUUAGGAAAGGGCUGGCCCAUUGGGCACCGGUCAGCGAAGACCAUCACGAUCUCCACGUAGUCAAAGAAGUCGUAGCGCAGAUGUCGAUUGCUUGAAGAAAUACACAGAAAGACGAGUCGAGGAGAGAAGACACACAGAGAUACCAGACGCGAGCAAGCUCGAUCCCUCCAAAUGGGUCCCACUACCGAAAAAUAUCACGCGAAUCCAACCAGCGUUGAAAAAAGCGCAACAGUCGU